AUGGUGACCUCGCCGCCGGUGACGGUGAGGGCGGUCGCCUGCGCUCUCACCCUGACCCCGUCAUCACGGCUCAGCCGCGCCUCCUUUCGCGCCUGCCUCGCACAGCGCCGCCGCCGCCGUUGGCCCCGUCGAUGUAGCGGGAAGCAAGCCGUGGUUGAGGAGGAAGCAGCUUCUUCGCGGGAGGCCAAGAACGGGGAAGGGGACGAGGGGCGCGGGGCGAAGGGCUGGUUUUCUCUGGAUACGAUCGGGCUGGACAUUCUCAGCAUCGCUCUGCCCGCCGCGCUCGCGCUCGCCGCCGACCCCAUCGCGGCCCUCGUCGACACCGCCUUCGUCGGUCACUUAGGUUCGGCCGAACUUGCUGCUGUUGGUGUAUCAAUUUCAGUGUUCAAUUUGGUGUCAAAGCUGUUUAAUGUGCCCUUGCUUAACGUGACCACAUCCUUUGUUGCUGAGCAGCAAGCAACGGAUGAUGGUUAUACUGGGACAAGAGAAGGAUACGACUUUCCAAGGUCUCCUGAAGAGUUGACCCCGAAAAGGAAGUUUCUUCCAGCAGUAUCAACAUCGUUGGCUUUAGCUGCUGGUAUUGGGCUGAUGGAAACUGUGGCACUGAUUUUUGGAUCAGGAACACUAAUGGACAUGAUUGGCGUACCUAUUGAUUCCCCAAUGCGAAUACCAGCUGAGCAAUUUCUUACAUUUAGGGCAUAUGGUGCUCCACCUAUCGUGAUAGCACUUGCUGCGCAGGGUGCAUUUCGUGGGCUCAUGGAUACGAAGACACCUUUAUAUGCUGUGGGUGUUGGCAACCUGGUAAACGUCAUACUUGACUUAAUACUUGUUUUUCCACUUGGUUUAGGAGUUAGAGGUGCUGCCUUGGCAACAGUGACAUCAGAGUAUGUGAUUGCUUGCAUCCUCCUCUGGAAGCUGAAUAGUAAAGUAGUAAUCUUUUCCCGAAAUGUAAUUGGUGGUGGAAUCAUACGUUAUCUAAAAUCAGGUGGACUUCUGAUUGGCAGGACUAUUGCAGUACUCCUGACCAUGACACUGUCGACAUCGCUGGCUGCAAGAGAAGGGCCUGUUCCAAUGGCCGGCCAUCAGUUGUGCUUGCAAGUGUGGCUGACAAUUUCUCUGCUCAAUGAUGCGCUAGCUCUUGCUGGGCAGGCUCUACUUGCGAGUGAAUAUGCAAAAGGGAAUUACAAGCAGGCUCGUUUGGUUUUAUACAGAGUUCUGCAGAUUGGAGGUGUAACUGGAAUUGCACUGGCUGUGGCUCUGUUCUUUGGGUUUGGAUCUUUCUCUGUGCUGUUCACAAAUGAUCCGGCAGUUUUAGACAUUGCCAAAUCUGGAGUCUGGUUUGUCACUGUUUCUCAGCCGAUAAAUGCUAUUGCGUUCGUGAUCGACGGGCUGUACUAUGGCGUGUCUGACUUUGCCUAUGCUGCAUACUCUAUGUUCUUUGUUGGGGCUGUUUCAUCCGCAUUCCUUCUUGCCGCUGCUCCUAAGCUUGGUCUUGGUGGUGUUUGGUCUGGUCUAGUUCUUUUUAUGAGCUUGAGAGCAGCUGCUGGAUUUUGGAGGUUAGGGAGCAAAGGUGGACCAUGGAAGCACAUCUGUGGCGGAUUAGGAAAGGGCCCACUUGGCUGGAGAGGCCAAAAGCCCAUAGAUCUCCCAGGGCCCACUGUCCAGCGAGCCCAAAAGGCAGGCCCGCAUCGAAUUCAAUCCAACCAAUCACACUCCGACCACUGUGACCACCUCGCCGACGCCGCCACGCCGGCGAGGCCUGCAGCCGCCGCGCACGCCCGAGACCCGUCCACGGGGCCCAACCGUAUCUCCUUAACCUCCUGCCGCUGCCACCGCCGCCGCUCUACUCCGCCUCGGUGGAGGAGUCUCCCACGAUGCAGUCGCGGUGGUGGGAAGCCGGUCAUCACAGACGUCGUCGACGAGGUGACACCCGAUGAGGGGACAGAGACUGAGAUUAAGGGUGGCGAAGAGAAGGAGGCCGUCGCUGGGCGCGGGGCGCCUUGGUGGCUCAGGCUUGACGGGGUUGCGGCUGACAUCCUCGCCAUCGCCGCGCCCGCCGUGCUCGCGCUUGCCGCGGACCCCAUCACGGCGCUCGUCGACACCGCCUUCGUCGGAAAUAUCGGUUCGGCUCAGCUUGCGGCUGUUGGUGCAUCGACUUCCAUAUUCAAUUUGGUAUCCAAGCUGUUUAAUGUGCCGCUACUUAAUGUCACCACAUCCUUUGUUGCCGAGCAGCAGGCAGUGGAUGCCAAUUCUAACACCGAAGGGGAAAGAGAUGAAUUGUUGACGCCAAUAGAGAAGGCAAGGCGACAAAAGAAGGUUCUUCCAACGGUGUCAACAUCCUUGGCUCUAGCUGCUGGCAUUGGAUUGUUCGAAAUGGAUUCACCAAUGCGAGCACCAGCAGAACAGUUUCUUACACUGAGGGCACUUGGUGCUCCACCAAUCAUAGUGGCACUUGCAGCUCAGGGUGCAUUUCGUGGAUUCCUGGACACGAGGACACCAUUGUAUGCUGUGGGUGCUGGCAACCUAUUAAAUGCAGUACUUGAUGCAUUACUUAUUUUCCCACUUGGUCUAGGAGUAAGCGGUGCUGCACUGGCCACUGUGACCUCGGAGUACUUGACAGCAUUCAUCCUCCUUUGGAAGCUGAAUAAUGAAGUAGAUCUGUUCUCAUGGAAUAUAAUUGAGGAUGGAGGAGUCAUCCGCUACCUGAAAUCUGGUUGGUUGGAGAUGAUCCAGCAGUUUGAGACGUUGCGCGUUCUGGAGUCUGGGUUCACAGUUGUUGGAUUUUUGCAGUUUGUCACUAUUUCUCAGCCGGUGAAUGCUAUUGCAUUUGUGGCUGAUGGGCUCUACUAUGGUGUUUCUGACUUUGCCUAUGCUGCAUAUUCCACGGUUAGGGAGCAAAUGUGGACCUUGGGAGGUUAUCUGGCAGUGAAGAAAUGUCCAUUCUUUAGAUGGUUGGAAGAGUACAAGAAAGUAGUUGCAAAGAAGCUUAAAGAAGAUUUGCUAGCUGCAGUGCCAUUAGAAGGUCAUGGUGAAACUAAAUGUCAAGAAGAAAUGAAGCUUAAAAGUAGGAUUUUUGAUGAAGAUAGGAUCUAUCUCAAGAUGGACAAGCUUAUCGAUCUGGUCCAGCUAUUGGUGGUGCUCUGUUUAGUCAUGGCUGUCAUAGUUCUUUUAGGUGUGGUAGUGCUUAUUAGCAAGUGA